AUGUCUGCCACCAUAGACAAUUUGGGAAUUUUACCGCACCCGAUUCAACAAUACGAGCAACUUAUGGAAAUUUGCCUGCCUGCGCGCGUGCUAGACCAGGACAAGUUAUUUCGUUGCGAAGAUUUGCGAAAGUUCUACGCAGACCAUAUAGCUUGCGCGGACCGCGCCGUGUUUGCACCAGACAAGGAAUUCAGCCUCGAAGAGCAGCAAUUGCUGCAGAACCUUUUCGCGCCGGUCUUACGGCAGGCUAUGGCGGUGCAAGGGCACGUUCAAGAACGAUGCGAAGAGGAAAUCGUUUUUCCGGAGGUUCUUGUGAUGGCGUCCAUCAUCCUAAGCGAAUGCUUUCUUUCCAGCACACACGAACACCAUGCUUCCGCCUUAUUCGCGGUCUCGAGAGAGCCCGGAAGUAAUCCCAAUGAACACUCUGCCAUUGGUCUGCGUCGACGGGCGGAGCUGGUGGUCAGCCGUAGAUGGGGCACAACCCGGCUUGACUUCACCAAUGAUGAGCCCAAUGUUGAUGAGGAAUUCGAUGCUUUGGCCGAUGGAGACGCUCAAUCUGACACAGAAGGCCAGGAUGACUGCUGUUUUAGCGGCGUCACGCAGUACGGUCACCCGCAACAAUUGCUAUAUUCGAGGAGUCCGGAUCCACAAGGCCCUAUGGACGCCUGCGUGGCUAGCUUCUCCACCAUACAGCCAUUGUUGACGAGCGCGCUCUACCACUGCCUCGCCGUUGGCGCCUCUGGACCAUUGAUUGGGCUAUCCUACGAAAAGACAAGCCCGACUGUCCAUGCGUAUGUCGCAUGGCUGGAAAAAGCGGCGCAAGAAGACGAUGAUCUGCCAAAGCCUCACAUCCUUCCCCCACUUCCCUUCGACCUCACGGAGCCUCUCAGUGCUUUAAAGCUCGCCUUACUUCUGCAUCGCGCAUCGUCUGUCCACGAGUGGUCCCUACAGACCGCGAAUGAGACUUUGCCCUGGAGAGCGGACAUCUGCGCUCGUAUCAUCCUCGACGAAACGCCACUCUUCCACGUCGACUUCCACAAUUCCGAGGCGAUAGCGCGUUGGGCCGAUGAGGUAUACAUAUCAGCUGUCGAUCACAGCCUGCAAUGUGUGAACAUUUGGGACGACAGGGAGUACAACCCAUCUCAUCCUCCUACGGGGACAUCGGAUGCCUCCUCGGGAUCAAGUACAAGCUCACUGUCGCCGAGCGUAGCACUUCCGCCUGCGCAAGAAUCCGCAUCAUCCUUCAGUGACGGUGAUGUGUUCGCCGAAUCCACCGUGCCCACAAUUGGAUGGACGCCACCUGCUCGCCCUCCUCUCCCUCAGCGGUAUUUUAUAAUGCGUAAAGUUGUCUUUUGCGACGCGCGCAAGGGACUGCCCGGUUGGUGUACGGUUCGCAAGGAGUCGAUCCAUGCGUUAGCGCCCGUCUGGUUCCGUGGAUCGGUGACGGCGCUGAGACCCUUCAUAUGCACUGAUCAAGAGCGCCUUCUCACUGAACUUCUUGACGCUUAUGCGCGGCAUUCCUCUUGCUUUAUUGGCUAUAUGUCCGAUCGGGUUCAAGCAAUCGUUCAACGAUCGUUGCAUGCCAUAUUCCAUGCGCUACAAACGGCCCGUGCGGUUCGUCCAGCCGAUGUCAAAGGUGGCGAUGUCGAUGAACACAGGCUCGACGCAUUUGGAGACGAGACAAGAUGUCGCUUCAUCUGGGACCAGCUCAUUCAAACCAUCGCUGACCUCGCCGAAGUCGCGAACGCGAGAUAUAGGAGGAACAUGACACUCAAAUAUCCAGAGUGCCCCAGUCCCGAGGUCUACGAGAUCAACGGCGAUCAUCGAAGUGACUUGUUUGACCUAUACAUCACAUUACUGCCUUUCGCGCAAAUUGGCUGGGAGGGCUGUUUGGCCUUCCAGUGGCACGAUGCCGUCUUUAACGAGGACCCGACGCUUUCUGCGGCUGUGGCUGCAGCGCAAGAGGAGCCGCGCUCGGGUAGAGCGGAUGGCACCCUCUUUCUAGCCAUCAACGAUCUAUUUGCUGACAAGGAAGUCGCAGAUGCUGUGUCCAUCCUUGCUCCAUUCAUCGCCUCCGAUUCGUCGAAAGACGAUGAUGGCGUGGAGGUCGGGUCUCCCGAGGAACCCAAAGAGCGGCCUCCGUGGGUAAUCUACGGUGACAGUGUCUUCGCCACUGCCGAUUCACGUCGCCCUUUGGAUCCGCAAGCUUGCGCUGCUUACCAGCACUCGAUGCAUGUCCAGCCCUUUCCGGAUCAACAGCCUGCAGUUGAAGCAUGCUCUGCUUCUCCGGGCGCGCCGCUUCUUGAUGGCGAAACGGGCUGUGAGAUUCAGGAUCGCCCUCACAUUCGACCCCGAUCGGACCAGGUUGACCCUCUACGUUCAGCUGCAUGCUUUCCCUUGCUCCUCUGUCACUUCAAUGCGCUACUCAAGGGAUGGGGGAAGGAGAAAACUGCGACGAAUCAAGAAAGAACUUCCUUGGUCGCCGCAUGCGCCUUCAUGAAGCUGUUCAACAUCGCCCGCUUCCCUAUCUUUGGCUUGGUCACUAACGGACCAGUUGGUGUACUGUCAUCCGCGUGGAACGACGUGACGACGACGCCUGCGUCACUCGGAGGUCAAGUGACCGAGAAGAUACAUAAUGUCAUCUACAUCGCGGACGAGCAAGCUACGAAGGCCGAUAUCCGCGACCCUUUGGACGUCCUAAACGUCGCCACUUCCGUGGCGUACAUCAUGACGGAGCAUGCCUCACGGCUACGCGGCCUCUUCGAGUCGCUGCACCAAGCUGACUCGGCUUACCUGCUGGACAAGGACGUGACGCCGUUGCAGAAGGCGCGCUCGUUGACCGUGGCGGACGGUGCGUGGCACAAACCACAGCUCGAAGACCAGGUGUCCGGCGUAGACUGCGCUUGAUUCACUUGCUGAGGGAGACCGGCGAUGUAGAUGGGAAUUGGCUUUGACAUCGUGGCGGGCCUCAGGACGUGGCAUGGCUCGCAUUCGUCCUGAUGCACGAAAUACAUCUCUUACUCACAUACCAGCCUAUGUUCCAUCGCCAUCUCAAGUGAGUAUGUGGUUGUUCGUCGCCUUGGCAUACUUCGUCUCCACGAAAUUGCUGUCGAACAGGGGGGCAUAGCGAUUGAAGAAGAUGGGUGUCCAUUGUCAGAAUACCC